UUUUCCUACUUUUUUCAUCGUUCUGCAAUACAUUCUGUUGUGUCAGAUUCAUCGUUUAGAAAUACCCUGCAAGGCAAAAUCCGCUCGCAUGAUUUUGACGCCUUAGAUUCCACAACCUUGAGUCACCAGGAUUCAAGCUCAAAGUCUCGAGCCUCCACUUCCUCAUUUCCUUACACAAGUCCUCAUUCCCCGUGCACAAACCCAUCUAAUUUACCCCAUCUUCGCAAAACCCUUCCCCCCACACAUCUCAUCCUCAAUCAGGACUCGCGCCACUCCACUCACGCCAUUUGAAGGGUCUCAUCACUCGACAUCAUACAUUAGAGAGUUAACGCUACUAAGUUACCUGACUCUCUGCGCGACAGUUUUCGUACACCGCAUUUUCGAGCUUUUAUACUUCUUCCGGCUACACGCUGUGUUCCAUCUGCUCAAAGCCUUCGGUUGUGGUCUCGUGCGAGGGUACACUGACACAGGAAACUUGCGACCGUUCGAAUCGAGGAGUGUCUCAGUUUCAGAGGCACAGAGUCUAUAUUAUUUAUAUAGAAGACAACGCCGGGGAUUUUCAAAAUGGAUACAUCAGUCGUUGAAGCACCUAUUCCUACCUACGAAGAAUUGUGCUGCGUAAGUGGUCUCUCUGUGUAUAACCACAAAUUAUAUAUUACACAAUAUUAACAUCAUCCCUAGAAAUCCGAACUCUACAGAACCAUGAGUUGUCCACCUCGCAACCAACACCACCAGAUCAAUAUCCAUGUUCCCCGCGCCCACUCAAAAAGAGGUGCUCCCCUCGAUCCAGACGAUCUCUCCCGUCGUCUCAGAGCCCACAUUGCCCAGCAAAAAGCGUCUGCUGAACACCGUCGUGUCGCUCGAGUCUCAAUGGCAACAGGCGUCUACCACCACGUCCCGCAAGUUGCCGCCCGAUCCUUCGAGCACACGGCCACACAGGAAAAGCUCCAUCAGGUGCACAAAUUAUCCGAGCCGGCGCUCAAGAAUCUAGGAUAUUUAACUACUGAUGAAGGAGCGGGGGAAAUCGGUUCUGGGUAUGUAUAUCAGAAACCCACGACGGCAUUACAAAAAGCGCAAGUCAUGGACCAUGCGACUGCGGAAAGGACCAAGACGAGGAAUAGAAAUCAAUACCAAUGGACGCCGGCACUUGAACGCGCUGCGGAAUUGGAUGCGGAGAGAGAUAUGUAUAGAUGUCCCCGACGGACGUUUAAUUCAGAUGUACCACUUUUGCAUAAGAGUAGAGCUGUGAUGAGACCAAUGAGCAUGGGGGAUUUCUUACCGUGGGAAGAAAAGGAGGAACCGAAGGAGGUUAAAAGGGAGAAAAAUGAUCGGCAUGAUUGGACGCAGCGGGAUGAGAGCGAGGAGACGAGACGGUCAAUGAAGGAGAUGGUGGGUCCACUGUUGUCGUUGAAACUUAGGAGAGGGAAAGUACUUGAUGGGUCGGGGGAAGUGAUAAAGUUAAAGUCACCUGUGAGGUCACCAAUAAGGGUGAGCUUCUUUGGUAUGUUCAAACGUAGUCCUAGUAAUAGUAGUUGACGGAAUUAUUUUAUUUGUAUUCAAGGGUAUCUACUUCCUUUCCAGAGUGUGCAAACAUUUAACUUCCAAACAUCGCAUACCCCUGAGCUUGGUGUGCAUGCGCUGAAACCCUAUCCAGAGGAAUUGAUAACUUCAUCCUACAUUCCUGUUUGAACAAAAUGGAUCCAGGAAGUUCUAAAUUAUGUUAUUUGUUAUGCCCUGU